AUGGCUUACUACGAUAGCCGGCCACCGUAUCCCCCCGCGGCGUACCCUGAGACCCCUUACUACCAUGGGGGCGCGCACGGGAGUCACUCCACGGAUGUCAUGCCACAUGCCGAGCCCCCUGCUACCGGCAGAUCCAAUGAUGCAUACUACCGCAACCACCCUGCAAAGGACGCAUACGAGUAUGGACACGGCGACUACCGCGACUCGAGACCUUCACGCAAGAGCCGCCACAAGGCGCACUCGGCAGACUACUACGACGACCCUUACGAUGACUACGAACCCCGCUCCCGACGUUCCAGGCACUAUGAUGAACAACGCGGUCGUGAGAAAUACGCCUAUUCGCCGUCAACCAGCCGCUCGCCGCCCCGUCGCCGGAGAUCCUUGUCAGAGCGUGCCCUUGGCGCCCUCGGCCUAGGAGCUGGAGCCGCUGCCGCAGGAUCCAAGCACCGUGAUAGCGGCCGAGGACGUUCGCGUAGCCGCCACCAUAGGUCUUAUUCGUACUCGCCGUCUCCGUCCCGCGGAAGCCACCGUCACCGCGACAAGAGCGAGGCGCGCAUUGCCCAGGCCGUCAAAGCUGCUUUGACUGCUGGAGCGGUUGAGGCUUUCCGCGCCCGCAAGGAACCCGGUGACUGGUCUGGUGCUAAGGGCAAACGCGUCCUGACUGCUGCGCUGGCUGCUGGAGGCACCGACGGUUUGGUUGACCGGAACCCGGACAAGCACUCUAAACGCCAUAUCCUUGAGUCCACGCUUGCUGGCCUUGCUACGAACCGCGUCGUCAAUGGAUCGCGCUCUCGUUCGAGGUCUCGUAGGCACCGCUCCCGCUCCCGCUCCCGUUCCAAGGGCCGAAGCAAGGCCAAGGACGCUGCCAUCGCAGGAAUUCUCGCCGCUGCCGGUAAAGAAGCCUAUGAUCGAUACCAGAAGUCUCACUCCCGUUCUCGACCUCGUCACAGGUCCGACUCGAGGGAUAGCUAUGACAGUUACGACUCUCGUCCUCGCCACAAGCGGAGCAAGAGCGUUUCCGACUACAUCAAUAAAGGCAUGGCAGCUUUGGGCCUCGAUGAUAAAAAAGACAGAGACCGAAGCGACAGGGAUGAUCGGCGCCGUCGUCACCACAGAUCAUCACGAUAUGAUGAUUACUCGGACGAUGGAUACAGCAGCGAUGAAUACUACCGCCGCCACCCGAGCCCACCGCGAACCAGGCGUUCCAGAGAUGUGAGUCGAGUUUAUUACCUUCCUGAAUCGGGAGCCAGAGCGAAUGGGAACUACGAUCAAACCGUGGGACACUACUCGCGCCCUGGCUCCCAAAGCACGCGCACACAAGAGCAAUCGCGUGAUACCAAUCAGAGUGGUUCUGACGCGGAUGACAGUAACAACGAUCACAAAAAACUUCACCAACUCAACAAGGAUACACUAUGGGCAACCGGCCUCGCGGCCGCAGCAACAAUUCAUGCCGCCCACUCGUUGACCGAAAAUAUGGAAAAGCACAAAGAACGAGCAAAGCAAGUGAGGGAGGGUAAUAUGUCAAAAGAAGAGGCGGCCCACCGUCGACGAAAGAAUCAACUCUCCGACAUCGCUAGUGUAGGGGUUGCAGCCCUUGGUAUCAACUCUGCCAUAUCAGAAUGGAAGUCGUUCGACCAGAAACGCCGCGAGCGAGCCCACUUGCGUAAAAUUUGCAAAGAGCGCUCAAAGUCCAUGUCGAAGGGUCGUUCCGGUUCUGGCCAUUCUACACCUCAUUCUCAGUCUCGCCCGUAUCGCACUCAGAGUCUCAGCCAUCAUACACCACGGACGAUCUACCCUGACGAGGUUGAAGAGAAUUACUCCGUUGCCGAUAGACGCUCUAUAGGUGGCCGGUCUCCUAGUGUGAUGGUUUAA